CGUCGUGAUUUAAUUUAGUUUUAUUUUAUUUUACCUACGUGACUUUACUGAAAAAAAACCCAAAGAGUAUGGCCCCCAUUCAACUCGAACGGAGCCAUCAAAAUCAGCCCCCCAGCGGACCUCCUGUCAACUGCAGGGGUCCAGACGGCACCGCUCUCGCUCCCGACGGGCAAUUGGCAGCCUCUCUCUCCUGCACUCGGCCGCACCCCCUGACGGUUUCCUGUCCGUCCGCUUUGCGGGUGCCGCGUCUUGGCCUGUAUCUUGUCGGGUCUGCAGCUUGUCGCUCGCUGGGUCGCUGCGUCUCGUCGCUGCAUCUUGUCGCUCGCUGGGUCGCUGUGUCUCGCGCUGUAGCUUGUCGCUCGCUGGGUUGGCGUAACGGAGCUGGAGACGAAGAGACGCGGGGAGAGACGCAGAGACACAGGUAGAGAGACAGGUAGAGAGACACAGACAGAUGGCUUCACUCGUCAAGUCUCCUCCACCUCCUCCUCCGCUCAUCAAACAAGAGGCUGCUGCUGCUGAUGAUGAUGAGGAGGAGAGCCUAGAGCCUGGGAUGAGCGCUCACCUGGCGGUGAAGCGUGAAGACGCCGCCGCUGACGAUGCCGACGAUGACGAAGCAGCGGCAGCAGUCGCUGAAGGAAGCCCCGACGUGCAGCAGCAGCAGGAGGAGCAGCAGGAGGAGCAGCAGGAGGAGGAGCUGCAGCAGGAGGAGCAGCAGGAGGAGCAGCAGGAGGAGUUGGCGGGGCACGUCCCGGGAUUCCGCGACUCCGGCACGCGGCAGAGGAGGAGGCCUGGGUGCAAGGUGGUGGAGGUGUGGGCGGAGGAGGUCAGAAAGUUCGUGGAGGUGGAGCUCCUGGAGGAGGAGGGGGAGGGAGACGCUGGCCGAGCGGCGGCGGCCGCAGCGGCGGAAGGGGAAUCGCCGUGCGUGGAGUGCGGGAAGACCUCCGGCCGACGACGUCCCCGGGCGAAGGGCGUCGCGGGAGGCUGCGCCCGGUGCGGCGGCCCGACCCCCGGAGGCCCCGGCCCCUCGCCCCGUCGCCGAGGGCGGGCGGCGUCGGCGACGCCCGCCGAGCCGGGCGACGCUCCGGCCGCCGGCGGGCGAGGCCACGCCUGCCCCGAGUGCGGCAAGGCCUUCGCGUACCGGUGCCUCCUGAGGCGCCACUCGCUGACGCACGGCGGCGAGCGGCCGCACGCCUGCGCCGUGUGCGGGCGCUCGUUCGCGCAGCGCCGCAACCUGGCCAUGCACGCCAGCGCCCACACGGGCGAGGGGCCGCACGCCUGCGCCGAGUGCGGCCGGCGCUUCUCGCAGCGCUGCAACCUGGCGAAGCACGCGCUGACGCACACGGGCGAGCGGCCGCACGCCUGCGCCGAGUGCGGCCGGCGCUUCGCGCAGCGCUACCACCUGCAGACGCACGCCCGCGUGCACACGGGCGAGCGGCCGUUCGCGUGCGCCGACUGCGGCCGCCGCUUCAGGCAGCGGCCCAACCUGAGGAUCCACGCGGCGACGCACGCCCUCCGGAAGCCGUUCGCGUGCGCCGACUGCGGGAAGGGCUUCGCCCAGCGCUCCGACCUCGGCCGGCACGCCAGGACGCACGCCGGCGGCGGGAAGCCGCCGGAGUGA